AUGGAUGAUAAUGUAUUUGUUGGAGCACCUACAGGAAGUGGAAAAACUGUUUGUGCAGAGUUUGCAUUGCUCCGACUAUGGUCUAAACCAAAUCCUGGUCGAUGUGUAUAUAUUGCGCCAUUUCAAGAGGUUGUUGAUCGGCAGGUUGUUGAAUGGAAACAAAAAUUUGGCAGGAUUAAAGGUGGAAAGAACAUAGUAUCACUUACUGGUGAGACAAGUGCUGAUCUACGAUUGUUAGAAAGCGGCGAUGUAAUAUUUGCAACUCCAACUCAAUGGGAUGUCAUGUCACGUAGGUGGAAGCAACGAAAAAAUGUUCAAACAGUUUCUCUAUUUAUUUCCGACGAGUUGCAUUUAAUUGGAAGCGAUAUAGGACCAACAUAUGAAAUUAUUGUUUCUCGAAUGAGAUAUAUUGCACAUCAAACUAAAAAUUCAAUUCGGAUUAUUUGUCUGAGUACAUCACUUGCUAAUGCUCAAGACCUUGGAGAAUGGAUAGGGGCAAAGCCCCACACUAUAUUUAACUUUCAUCCUAGUGUUCGACCUGUUCCUUUAGAAAUACACAUACAAAGUUACAACAUCCCACAUUUUGCAUCAUUAAUGAUGGCUAUGUCUAAACCUACAUAUGUUGCAAUUACAACAUAUUCAGUAGACAAGCCAGCAAUUGUCUUUGUUCCUUCACGUAAACAGUGUCGCCUGACAGCUGUAGAUUUACUUACAUUUUGUGCAGCAGAUGGAUCAAACGAUCGUUUCCUCCAUGCCAACCACGAAGAUAUUGAAAAACAUCUAAGCAAUCUAAAUGAUAACGCAUUGGCAGCUACAUUGAGUCAUGGCGUUGGAUAUUAUCAUGAAGCUCUUAGUAAACAAGAUAAAAGGAUUGUAGAGCAAUUAUUUGAGAGUGGAGCUAUUCAAGUGGUUGUUGCUUCACGUGAUACCUGCUGGGGCUUGAAUUUAAAUUGUCACAUGGUUGUUAUUAUGGGAACUCAGUACUAUGAAGGAACAUCACACAUGUAUGCUGACUAUCCAAUAUCUGAUGUUCUUCAAAUGAUGGGUCGAGCUUGUCGUCCACGUCAAGAUGAUACAGGACGUUGUGUGCUUAUGUGUCAAGGAAUUAAAAAAGAUUUUUAUAAGAAAUUUUUAUAUGAAGCAUUACCGGUUGAGUCACAUUUACACAACUUUUUGCAUGAUCAUUUCAAUGCAGAGAUAGUCACCAAAACAAUAGAAAAUAAGCAAGAUGCAGUUGACUAUCUGACAUGGACAUUUUUGUAUCGCCGUAUGGUUGAAAAUCCCAAUUAUUAUAAUAUGCAAGGAUCUGACCAUAGACAUUUAUCAGACCAUUUGUCAGACCAAGUUGAAAAUACAGUGCUUCAACUUGCAGAGGCACAAUGUAUAACAAUCGAAGAUGAGUUAGACUUGGCACCUUUAAAUUUGGGAAUGAUUGCAGCUUAUUACAAUGUCAGCUAUGAAACUUUAGAAACAUAUUCUAAGGCCUUAACGGAAAAAACUAAACUCAAAGGACUUUUAGAUAUUAUUUCAGCUGCCAAAGAAUUCUUUUAUAUUCCAAUUCGACAUCAUGAAGACAUUGUUUUAAAAAGGAUUUAUGAUCGACUUCCAUUUAAACUUGGAAAUCCUGAUUUUAAUUCAACCAGAACAAAGACCAACAUUCUUUUACAAGCGCAUUUUUCAAGAACUCAGUUGCCACCAGAUUUGUCUUCUGAUCAAAAUAUUGUAUUGGGAAAGGUAAUAAGAAUUGUUUUAUGA